AUGGCAGCGCAAGAAUAUUAUCUAGGUACAGCGGCUGCGCAUGAACUGCCAGGCAGCCAUCCGCCAAAUCCAUAUCCACCGCAGCCACCAAAGCCGCCACAAUACCAACAACCACCUGCGCAACCUCCACGACCACACGUUAGCAAUCCUCCAUAUGCGAACACGCCGCCUCCAUCAUACUCAGCAUAUCCUCAGCCACCGCCGCAACAACCUUAUGGCUACCCACCUCAACAGCAACAGCAACAGCAGUACUACCCAGAGAAGAAGAACGCCCAAGCCAUGACAGCGCCAUACCCGCAAACACCACCAGCAGGCGGCUACUACCCACCCCAACAGCCGAUGCCCCAAAACCACGGCUACCUCGGCGCCCCUCUACAACCCUACAGAAGCCACUCGCAACCCGCGCGCGUGCGCUUCGCAGAUCAAGACUCCGAUCGCAGCACAAGUCUAGGCUCCGUGUCCGACUCGGACGACUACUCCCCACCCCGGCACAGCAACAGCAGCAGACACCACCGCCAUCACAGCCACUCCACCCGCGACCGUUCCACCUCUCGCGACCGCUCGCGGAACGAACGCAGACACAAGCCACGCAAAUCACACUCGUUUGACAAGGCACAUGAGGACAAGCACAAGAACAGAGACACGUUUCUCGGCGCAGGCGCAGGCACGAUCAUCGGGGAUGUGAUCUUCCCUGGUUUGGGCACAGCGGCUGGCUUAGUGCUGGGUGGCUACGGCGGGAGGAAGUAUGCUGAUCAGAGGAGUAAGAGCGAUUAUGCGGGGAGUGAGAGGAGGAGUCAUCGGGGGAGCAGGAGAGCGGGGGAUGAUGGGUGGGAUGAGAAGACGAAGACCUAUCGGAAGGGUGCGGCUGUUAGGUGA